AUUUAUAAAAAGUUUUGUAGUCGAACCAGCCAGUGUUAAUUUUUUUUUACAAAUAGUAACAGGUGCUGUCAUUGUCUCUUUCAUUGUUCAGUGAUACAGUGUAACAUAUUUUUAAGCUAAUUGGAGUUUUUACUUAUUUAAAGAUCACAGAAACAAGGAAAACUAACUCCUCCCGUUUAUUGAGAAGAUGUAGUUUUCAACUAUCAUUUGGCCAGACAGAAGACAGACUAAAAAACGACUGAAAUUCCAUGAUUAGUGAUGCUAUAAUAAAAAGAAGAUAGAGAGAGACAGAAAUACAUCUUGUGAUGCUUCUUCCUAAAGAUUAAGAUUGAGAUAGAAAGAUGUCGACGAGCAACGAGCUGAGUGACGUGGAGUCUCCUAAAAUCCGGAUGAAACCGGCUGUCACCAGAAUAUUCUGCUGCAGCGUCACCGCUGCCGCUGGAUUUGUUGCAGCUUAUGCUUUGGUGGCGUACGCGAUAGCCCUGAUCUACGAGAUAGUUUGGGUGGUGGAGUCACAGAACGGGCUGCCAAUACCAUCGGUGUUUCUCAUGAUGUGCUACGUCAUCGUCAUAGCCGCCACCGUCAUCCUAGUGCACGGGCUCAUCUCUAAAAACAACCGCUGUCUCCUGGCGUGGCUGAUCGCAGUUAUAUUGGUGCUUAUACCCGAGUGUGCCCUAGUCUUCUACAUGUCCAUAUACCAUUGGGGUCUCCAAGGUGUGUACGGAGGGGCAGAGUUAGCGUGCUAUGUGGCGCGUCUGCCUGCGAUCGUGUGUGGGGUUGUCCUGGUACAGUCAGCGUACGCGCUCAGAGAAGCGAGAAAGGCGGGCUACAACAAUGGCGGAGCGGCUGUGGGCAGCGGCAGCGAGUUCGACGCCAGCCACUACAUCCCAGACACGCCUGCUGCGUUCACCAACGACGGGUUUAUGCCCGAUUCUGGAAAAUCCGGUUCCAUGCCAGACUUACGGCGCCAUCUAGCGAGCCGGCAAUCAAUGAGCAUGGGCUACCCCCCGAUGAUGUUGCCGCAGCCGCCCCCCGCGUACUGGCAACACCUCGCCGAUCGCCAGUUCGCUGCCAGCCUUCGGGGCUACCCUAAACCCUAUCCUGUCCCUCAAAUGUACGGCACCUGGGUCGGCCCCAGAUCUGGACCUUAUGAAAAUCCUUACAAAAGAAGACAUUCAGUCGUUGGUGCUUUCACGGACGAAUACCCGGCCAAAUAUGAUAUGUACGAAGAUAGAGCUGAUUGCAAAAGUGAAAUAGCAUACCCGUAUUAUCGACCUUAUCCGUACGAUCAAAGGAUGUAUCCACCAGAUUACGAUCCACGGUUUUAUCCAGAUUAUAAACGCGAAGAUGCGUCGUAUGGAGUCAAUUUACUAAGACAUGAACCUUACAGAUUCAGCGGAUCUAGGGAAAGAGUAUUCUAUGGCAUGAGAAAUAGUCAUACGUCAGUAGGCAAUGAAUCUGAUGAUUUAGGAAAAUAUAAAGAUGUUGCGUUGUAAUUAGGUUGUAAGAUCAAGUAAACAUCUGGUGCAUUCAAAGUCCAUGAAAAUUUUAACCUUUCGAGCCAGGAAACAAUAAAGAUAAUUGAACAACAAUAGGAUCGCAGUCCGACCGGGCAGCGCAAGAACUGAGUAGUUAAAAUUAAUUGGGCUUCAUAUAGGUACUUAGUCGAUUUUCAUUAAGAUACAAUUCGAGACAGAUAUAUGAAAAACGGUUGUUGUACAUUUGGUGCUUUAUAUUUUAUUGAAUAAUUUAGUUGUCAUACAAGUAUUUUUACGUUUAGCCAUAAAGUGUAACUUGGCUUUAAUAAUAAAAAUUGUAAAUUUAGGUUACCUAAUAACCAAAGUUUUAAGAAAUACAUUUAACUAAGCAUAAAUAAAAAUGAAUUGGAGUCACUAUCUCAUAACUAUUUUUGAUAUAAAUUAUAAUUUCUACCAA